GUUGAGUAUUACAAAAAAUGCAUGAUCAGCCAGUUAGAACAGAGUGCAGAAAUAAGAAGUCGUGAAUAAAUUUGUGUUAAGAAUUUAAUUCAGUUAAAUGUGACCUACAUGUUAAUGUUUUUCUAUAACAUGAUGUUCUCAAAACUGCUGUUAUGGAAGUUUUCUUCAUUAUAAAUCGAUGAGCUAUAUAGUUGGAUUUUGUGCACUUGUUCGUGGAUUGCAAACUGGAUCUGCAAGCUGCAGUGUAUACAAGUGCGGCAGGGAAAGGUGCCUAAUUUGGUGGGUCAAGGAGAUUCGCAGUGUUUUUUCUGGACAUUGAAGACGUCAAUGUACGUGUAUUCACAAAAAAAAAUAUUUUUUUUGUUGUCAACAAAGAAAAGAAUUUGAAAUUUAGUAAUCAAUAAUAAACAAUGUCGAUUCUAAACAUCAAAUCUGAUAUCAGUUUCUAUGCUUCAACAUUGUUAGCAAGGUUACAUAAUUGUUGAUGUUUUACUCCUGCGCUUGUCAGUAAAUCGUAGUGGGAACUGGUCCUCAUCAAAGUGAGCAACCAUGGCUCGCUGUGGAAGUAACAAGUGCCCCCACCUGGAAAACGUCGUACAAUUAUCGUUACUGGAGUUGUGUAAAUUGAAAAAGGGCGAGCCAUGCACUGAAUGUGAGGCAAACGGUCCGAACUUAUGGAUAUGUCUGCAGAAAAACUGUUUACACAUUGGUUGCUCGGAACAGUAUAAUGAUCAUAGCACAACUCAUUUUCAAACUUACCGGUCUCAUUGCAUUCAUAUGAACUUAUCUUCACAACGGAUUUGGUGCUACCUGUGUGAAUUUGAAGUUUUCCUUGCGCAACAUCAACAGCACCACCAGCAAAUUCGAAGAACUUCUAUGGUUAGCAAUGAUUCCAGUGAUACGAGCCGCUAUUCCGCUAAUAAUGAAAAACUUUUGAUGUAUGGUGACCGCUUUGCUGGUGGAGGUGGAGGAGAGUCCUGCGAUAGUAGCUGCGAGGAGGAUGAAUUUGAGCGGCAUGGCAAAUGGAACGGUCUUGUUGGACUACAGAAUAUUGCCAACACAUGCUACAUGAAUGCUGCAAUCCAGGCACUUAGUAACAGCCCUCCGUUAACGGGGUUCUUUUUAGAUUGUGGUUCAAUAUUGGAAACCGAUUUGCUUGGGAAUCAGACAGUCUCCAAACCGGGGUUAGCCAAGCACUAUCAUAAGUUAAUCAAAGAUAUGUGGUGCAAAAAUCGUCGAUACAUUGUUCCCAGUGGCAUUUUAUAUGGCAUACGCAUUGUUCAUCCUAUGUUUAGAGGUUACCAGCAGCAUGACACACAAGAGUUUCUUCGUUGCUUCAUGGAUCAGCUGCACGAAGAACUGAAAGAAAUUGCUCAGCCACCACCAGAACUGCUCCCCCUGCAAGGAGGCCGGACGGCCAGAGGUAUUGCUAAUAAUCAGUCGCCCUGUUCUUCUCCUUCACCAUCGCAAUCAGAAGCGGAAUAUGAAACUUGUGAUAGUGGAGUUUCUGAACAGUCCAGUCUGUCGGAUGAAGUGUCAGUUAACAGUAAACGUACUAGAAGGCUCUCUCGCUCGCCUAGUCCUAACGCAGGCCAAAGAAAUAUGUCGUCUAAUAGCAGACAGCAAUCACCAAUUGGAAGCAAUCGAAGUACUUCUAGUAGCACUGGGAGUAUGACUUCUCCGCAUACACAGCAUCAACCAGGAAACCCUGGCGAUCAACAACAGCCAAAGGCCGCAAAAGAUAAGCUACCGGAAAGGUCGAUCAUUAGUGAUAUCUUCGAUGGAAAACUUCUGUCCUCGGUUCAGUGCUUAACAUGUGAUCGAAUUUCAACGCGUGAAGAAACAUUCCAAGAUUUGUCACUGCCAAUUCCAGGUAAAGAUCAUUUAGCCGUCUUGCAUCAAAAUCAUUCCGGAAUGCCAACUACGACACAUGCUGCGCCCGUUGUUAGCAGUGGCAGUGCAGGAAAUGCAAGCGGCAACAGUAGCAAUGGAAUAACAUGCUCGGAUGCCGUCUACCCAGUUACCGGAGACAGUUGGAUUUGGUGGAUAUGGAACUGGCCGAUUUGGAGCUGGGUUCGUUCGUGGUUUUGGGGACCAGCAGUGAGCCUUCACGAUUGUAUGGCAGCCUUCUUUAGUGCCGAUGAGCUGAAGGGAGAUAAUAUGUACAGCUGUGAGAAAUGCAACAAGUUGCGAAAUGGAGUGAAGUUCUCUCGUGUCCUAGCACUGCCGGAGAUGUUAUGCGUUCAUUUGAAGCGCUUUCGUCACGACUUGUCGUAUAGCUCGAAAAUUUCCAGUCCGGUUCAUUUCCCAUUGCAUGGGUUAGACAUGCGUCCAUAUUUACAUAAAGAUUGCAAAUCGGAUGUAACUUCAUAUGACCUUUGCGCCGUCAUCUGCCAUCACGGAACAGUGGGUGGAGGACACUACACAAGUUUUGCGAAGCAUGAUCCCACUGGAAAGUGGUUUGAAUUCGAUGAUCAACUCGUCACGCAAGUUAAUCCUGAUGAUGUUCAAAACUGUGAAGCAUAUGUACUCUUCUACCGUAAAAACAAUGCAAAAAUGACUACCAUCAGGGCUCAGGCGAGUGAUUUGAUAAAUGUACAGGAACACGCUUCCGAUAUUCGAUUCUAUAUAUCUCGUAACUGGUUGCAUCGGUUCAACACUUUCGCUGAGCCAGGUCCCAUUGAUAAUUGGACGCUGCUGUGUCCACAUGGGGCAUUCCCACCAAACAAAGCACCAUUCUUUUCGAAAUUAGUAGUACCCAUUCCUCAAGCGCUGUGGGAUUUUCUGUAUCAAAAGUUUGGUGGUGGUCCAGUCUGCAACCAUAUUUUUCCCUGCCAUACAUGCAAAAAAGCAGCAGAAUCUUUAUCUAGAAGACAACGUGCUGAACUAGAAGCAUUUACCACAUGCAAUGAUGAGUACCAGUACAACGAAAACCCAACACCAAUUUACGCUAUCUCGAUGGCAUGGUUUAGACAGUGGCAGUUAUUUGCUCGUGGUGUAACUACAGAUGAGCCAGGACCUGUUGAUAAUAAGUCGAUUGCCGUCCCAACAGAAACCAGCAUUCCCUUACGCAGUGUACGACAAGGUUCAGAUUAUGCUCAGAUAAAUUCAACGCUAUGGCAUUUUUUUCAUGGUAUUUAUGGUGGUGGUCCAGAAAUUGUACUUCGAGGACAGCCAGUACCGCCACCGGAAGCAAAACCUACGAAAUGUGUUAAAGAACGUGAUUCAGAACCAAUGGAUAUUGGUGAACCACUUCAACCGCCAUUAAAACCGUCUACGACAAGCAAUGGGGCGCGGGAUGUUACAUCUGAGGCACCUGCCGAAGUGCCACCAAAAAACAUCAAUCAAACCGUUUCACAAAAACCCCAAAAGAGUGUAUCUUUCGAAGAUAAUGAGAGCUAUAUGGAUAAUGGCACUGGUCACAAUGAAUCAUUACGGUCAGUUCAAAUGAAACGAAAGCAAAUUAAACAACAACAAAAGGAACAACAACAAUCCAAAGAGCCAAAAAGAACGGAAACUGAGGGUGUCGAUGGACUAGUUACGUUCUUACGACGCAAGCAGCUCAAGCACCAACAGCAGAUAACGCAGGAUCCCAGCAACGAAAAGCAUCAUAGCGAUACGCUGGAUAUAAGAGGAAAAAAGGAUAAGCGCCAUCGUACUGGAAUGAAAGCAAGUGGUCUGUUUGGAGCUGAAGGCAAAUACCAACCUGCCAACUCAGAUAACUUCUCCAGCAACAUUUCUCGAUUAGAAACGAGCAAUGAAUCAUCAAACACCCAAGCAAACUGCAGUUACCUUAGCUCUGCAGUGACGGCUUCAGUCGCAUUUUCAAAGUCUGCGGACGACGGCCACACCGGCUACCACCACAACAGUGCCAAUAAUACUAGCGAAUCCAAUUGCAGUAUGACCAUUCCUUCCAGAUCGGUAGACGAAAUUAUGCCACUCCUCACGCAUGCCUCUAUUAGCCAAGCUCCGGUAGCCGAAGAUGAAGACGGCGAACGAGAUGAUAGCGAUGGUGAUGGUGAGGCCAGUAUCGCGUCUAAGGAACGGUCGCAGCAUGCUCACCAUCGCAAGGGCCACCAUGGUAAUAAGAAUGGAGGCCAUCAUUCUACCGAGAGCAGCAUGAUGUCCUUUGGUAGGAAAAAGAUUAAAUCUAAAUACCUGAAGAGUAAGCAGACCAAAGCGGCCGGGACGGUCGACAGCACCGACCAUUAUGCUAUCACCGUGGUUAACGGAACACAAACCAGUGAUAGUGAGAAAUGAGUAAAGCCAGUUCUUCGACGUUUCCGUUUUCUUUCAUUUUCGUGAUAGAGCUUAUUAAUUUUCAUUUUCAAUCCAGUUCUUAAAAAUGUAAAUAGUGGUGUACAUCUAGGGGUUCUGUUUUGUUGUGUAUUUCUCUUUCAAAAAAUGGGAAAAUAUUUGAAGAUUUCUCUAAUUGCAGUUAUGUUUGUCGAUGGGAGUUAAUAGUUAAUGUUAUGUUAGAAUAAUUUUUUUCAAGAGUAGUAAGUCGUUUAAAUAUCAAAAGGAUGAUGGGUUGUAUGUGAAACAAACCAAGAAAUCAUUAAAUUUCCAAAAAUUCGAUUGAAAUAAGAGUCCAUAAAACUAUUCUUUUCUGUCUAUUUAACUCGCUUCUGCUCAUCGAAAUAUUUCAAUAUAAAAUUUUAUACUUUUUUCAAGACCACACAUUCAAAAGUUACACAUUCGAAAGCAUUAAUCAGUAAAAUAUAUUUAACUAAAACAAGAUAUUGCAGACAGUUAAAUUUAGGCGCACGCGUAGGCUUGGAGUAAAUUAGAACAAUAAACACGUAACGGUA